AUGAUGAGGAACAAAGUCCAUUCUUUACACAUAUCCAGGGUCCUUGCAACUACGGCCAUCGGGUUUUUGGUUGGAUAUAUCUUUGCUUUUAUGUCUCCCAGCGGCUUCUUCACUUCUGAUGCAAUCUCUUUUAGCAAUGAGAGUCUCCUGGGAUCCAACAUUCAGGCAAAUUCAACUGAAUGCAAAUCAUCAGAUCAAGUCAACAUGCUAAGAUCAGAGUUUGCAGCAGUAUCAAAGAAAAAUGCUAAGUUGAAAAAACAAGUCAAGGGGUUGACUGAAUGGCUUCAGCUGGCAAAGAAAGGGAGUGAUCAGGCGCAAGAUCAGUCUCCCGCAUUGGCUGAACAGCCUAAAGCUGGGCCUUUUGGCACUGUUAAGGGAUUAAGAACUAACCCUAUUGUUAUUCGUGAUGAAUCUGUGAACCCAAGAUUGGCAAAGAUAUUAGACAAAAUAGCAAUUCAAAGAGAGCUUAUAGUUGUCCUUGCAAAUGCCAAAGUGAAGGAAAUGCUAGAAAUUUGGUUUACCAGCAUAAAGAGAGUUGGUAUAACCAAUUAUCUGGUGGUUGCUUUGGAUGAAGAAAUCUCAAAAUUUUGUGAGUCAAAACAUGUUCCAGUGUACAAGGGAGAUCCAGCUGAAGGUAUUGAUUCCAUUGGAAGAAAUGGAGACAAUCAUGCGGUUUCUGGGCUUAAAUUUCGUGUGCUUAGAGAAUUUCUGCAGCUAGGAUAUGGUGUUCUUCUAUCAGAUGUUGACAUUGUGUAUCUGCAAAAUCCUUUUGAUCAUCUGAUCCGGGAUUCAGAUAUAGAGUCCAUGAGUGAUGGUCAUAACAAUAUGACUGCUUAUAUGUAUAAUGACAUCUUUGAUGACCCUACAAUGGGUUGGUCUCGAUAUGUUCAUACUGUGAGGAUAUGGGUUUUCAACUCUGGUUUCUUCUAUAUUAGACCCACAAUCCCUUCCAUUGAACUUCUGGAUCGUGUUGCCACGAGACUCUCCAGGCAGAAAGCUUGGGACAAGGCUGUUUUCAAUGAAGAACUCUUUUAUCCCUCGCAUCCUGGCUACAUUGGGCUUCAUGCUUCCAAAAGAACAAUGGAUAUCUACCUCUUUAUGAACAGCAAGGUUCUGUUCAAGACUGUGAGGAAGGAUGCUAGCCUUAGAAAACUUAGACCGGUAAUUAUUCACGUGAACUACCACCCGGAUAAGCUUCUACGAAUGAAGGCCAUUGUUGAGUACUAUGUGAAUGGGAAGCAAGAUGCUCUCCAACCUUUCCCUGAUGGCAUGCCUAAUUGA